AUGCACCAUCUCAAAGAAGAGGAGAUUGGCGCUCCGGGGGGCCCUGGCGCACCACAAAAGCAUGCCAGCUGCGAACUGCGAUCAGAAACCAUGAUGGGCCAACAGAAUAGGCUGCCGUGCAGGUGGGUGAGGGAGUGGCUCUUCCAGCAGGCCUCCGCCAGGCUGCUGACGGCCGACGCCGACGGUCGACACUUCUGGAUGACGCCCGUGCAGGCGGACGCCAUGGCUAAUGAGACCGGCCCCGACGCCUCGCCGGCCUUCUUGGCGGGCGUGGCACAGCAGAUGGUGGGCAUAUCCUCCGGCGUGCACAAGCUCAAGGACUCCUUCCGCACGGGGCUGGGCCUCAGGUACGACGACUACGGCGCCGCGCAGGACCUGGCGCUGGGCGUCAGCCGGGAGCUGAGCGUGUGGGUGCGGCACUGCAUGGUGGAGGAUUUCUGCACCAUCCCGGGCCUAAAGGACCUGCUGGAGAGGGGCGCCCCCGUGGCGGACGUGGCCUGCGGCUGCGGGGAGGGCCUCCUCACCCUGGCGCGCGCCUUCCCCGCCAGCACCUUCACCGGCUACGACAACUCCGACCACGCCCUGGCCGCGGCCAGGCGCAGGCAGGAGGAGCUGGGGGUCACGAACGCGACAUUCGUCAACCCGGACACCGAGGCCCCGAUGCCCAGCGAGGGCACCUUCGACUUCGUGUACACGAUGGACGCCAUCCACGACAUGCCCCGCCCGGACGCCGUGAUCGGCGCCGUGCGGCAGGCCGUGAAGGACGGCGGGAGGUACCUCAUUGGCGACUUCCAGGGCCGCGACAGCCCGGGGGCCAACAUAUCGGAGAUGCCGGAGGCGGCGGCGCUGUUCUACGGCUACUCCACGCUGCUGUGCAUGUCCAGCGCCAUGUCGCAGGAGGGCGCCAUGGGCCUGGGGACGCUGGGCCUGACGGAGGUGGGGAGCGCGGCGCUUGCCUCGACUCGGCUGGCACGACAAGAUCCCUUCUUGUUUCCGCACACCCUCAAACCUAAAACUACUGACCCACUAAGCGGCGUUGGCCUUGCCAGCGGACGAAGGGAUCCUCACGGGAAAGACAGAGGGGCUAAUGCAUUCCCCGGCUGGAACACGCCCUGA